AUGUCGAUUUGUGAAAUUUUCACUGUCAAUUCCUUCAUUGAGAAGCUUCCUCCAGGGUGGAUGGACUUCAAAAACUAUCUCACUCACAAGCGUAAGGCAAUUACCCUCGAGGACUUAAUUGUCAAGCUGCGGGUUGAAUCCCGAAACCGCGAAGCCGAUGCUGUUUUCAUUCGUGCGAAUGAUGUGAACUUGGCUGAGCAAAAGAGAAAUGGGAAAGGACAAAUUCCUCCACACUCCUCCACAAGCUUCAAGAAGCAAGCUGAACCAAAGAAGUUCAAAUGGAAGUGCCACAAGUGUGGCAAGAUGGGCCACAAAGCUAAUGUUUGCCGUAGCAAAGCUGGUCCAAGUGAAGACAAAGGGAAGUCUCAGGCUCACCUCACAGAAGAUGACUUGUGUGCUGUGGUCACUGAAGUCAACAAUGUUGAGGACAACCCAAGGGAGUGGUGGUAUGACACAGGUGCCACUAUCCACAUCUGCAAUGAUAUGGACAUGUUUAGUACCUAUCAGAAAUGCAACAAUGGAGAACGCCUAUUGAUGGGAAACACUGGUUCUUCCAAGAUUGAGGGUCAUGGCAAAGUGGUGCUGAAGAUGACCUCAGGAAAGGAGAUCACUCUCCAAAAUGUGAAGCAUGUGACAGACAUGAGAAAGAAUCUGAUUUCUGGUACUCUUAUGAGUAAGGCCGGAUUUGCUACCAAUUUCGAGUCUGACAAGCUUGUGCUCAAGAAACAUGGAUUUAUUUGGGAAAGGGGUAUGUUAAGGAUGGACUUGUCAAAAUGUGUGUCAUGCCAGUCAUCCGAAACUGAGUUGUAA